AUGAAGAAAAGGCAAGGAAAGAGAGCAUUUGGUGGCGGUAAUGACAGUUCUGAUGGAAGCGAUGACGAACAGGGCUUUAAGCAAUACGUUCAAGAGAAAAGGGCGAAAAUUUCACACUCCUUACCGGAAUCGAAUCAAGGAUUUGAAAAUGGAGACUUAUAUUUAGCUCCCAAAGAAGUCAUCAAGGAGAGAAAGCCUAGCGUUUCUAAGUUUAUAGGAAACUUCAUGGCUGCCAAAGAGCAGAGGAAUCUGGAUAAAUUAUACCAUGAGUCCCUGAGAGCCGAGAUGGAAAUUCAAAAAUCGGGGACUCCCCAAGAGAGAUACCUAACCGAGAGCUACAAAGAUCGGAGACAGGAGAUGGAAGAUGCUUCGAAGGCAGCGCGUCAGGAAGAAGUGCAAGAAAAGCAGGAUAUGACUAGAGGAAGGCCCUUGCAGACUUUGUUGAUGAACCAAAAGGUGGCUGAUGAGCCAAGGGAAUACGAUCAGCAAACAGACGUCAAGAAACGAACGAAAAGCUAUGGGAUUAAUGGAUUCUACAGAAAUGAUGUUUAUAUUGGAAACGGUCCAAAACACGAUGUGAGCUCCGUUCCUGAACGCCUUCAAACUCUUCACAAAGAAGUGUCGCAAUUGCCUCAGAAUAACCGCAAAAAGCUCAUUGAACUGUUUUUGGUUUCCACAAAGUCGGCAGGAGAAAUUGAACGUCAGAGAAGGCUCUAUCACGAAAGGGUGGGAAUCAAGAGUUGA